AUGACAUGGCCAGCUGCCUCAGUCUCAGCAUACGAAAUGCAGCCCAGACAAGAUCCUUUGCAAUAUAUCGGUGUGGACUGGUCCUCUGUCAUAGUCGAAGAACGGGACAAUGGUGUCGUCUACAAGAAUUCCCUGGGCACCGAGAUGCCCCUAGAGAAUAUCCUUGCGGAAGCUGGCGUCAACAUGGUUCGUCAGCGUGUUUGGACUGUUGACGGGGACUACGGAAUACAGUACAAUCUGGAGUUGGCACGCCGGGCGACCAAUGCAGGCUUGAUGUUUGGUCUGAACCUUCACUACAGCGAUACAUGGACCAAUCCGAACCUCCAAGACAUUCCCACCGGCUGGCCACAGGAUAUCGAUUCGCUCGAAACGCAAGUAUAUACCUAUACCAGCGAAACAAUCACCAUCGGCAACGAGAUCCCCUCGGGGUUGCUCUGGCCAACAGGGCAUUUUGAGAACCCAGAGAACCUUGCUCGCCUCCUACAUACUGCCGCAAUGGCCAUUCGUGAUUCUUCGCUGGGCAGUAGCACCAAGAUCGUGACACACCUCGCUCAUGGAGAUGACAGCGAGCUACAGCAUUGGUUCUACGACCUGGUCCUGGGCACCGGCCUUUUGUCCAUCGAUGACUGGGAUGUCAUCGCCGUCUCCUUCUACCCGUUCUGGGGCCAAGGUGCUACCAUGGAGGCGUUGACCGCGAGUCUCACUAGUUUGUCGACACAGUACAAUAAGGAGGUCCAGGUAGUCGAGACAAAUUGGCCGACACAGUGCUCCAGCCCGGAGUACCCGUUUCCUCCGGAUCAAUUAGAUAUCCCCCUGAGCCCAGCCGGCCAGACUGAAUAUCUCCAGCGACUGGCUACGACCCUCAAGGCGAUUCCGGGCGCAACUGGCCUGAAUUACUGGGAGGCUGCAUGGAUCAACAAUGCUGUUCUUGGAUCUUCUUGUGAGAGCAAUGUGAUGUUCGGUCCAAAUGGCCAGGCAUACGACAGCCUGUCCGUUUUUGGUACACUUUAUUAG